CUGGCCAAGAGAUAACGACCUGAGGCAGUGGCACUCUUGGGCGGCCUUAUCACGGGGUUACGGGUCAGGGGUUAUCAAAAUUUCUUAUCAGCUAAGUCGUUCUCAAGCCAGCGGCGGCGACGCUUGUUUUUUUCCGGCAGUUCCGAUUCGAACGCAGCCGUAUCUAUAGACAUGCAGCAGGCGCGCUCUACACUGCCACAAAAGCUUCGGGUUUGCUUUAGUCGGGACCUGAACACCAAAGUUAACCACCCGGUUAACUUCGCCACAAAAAAGCUGAGCGGAGCUUUAACUCGCGUCGCCGCCAAAAACCAGACGCUAUCGCCAUCGGCAUUAUUCCCGGCGAUCAGACGAUAUUCGGACCGCAAACAGAGCACUUUUAAGGACAUGGCCGACCAGAAAAUGCUGCAAACCCCGCUGGAGCAGGGCGAUCCGGAGUUGGCCGAUCUGAUCAAGAAGGAGAAGGAGCGCCAGCGAGAGGGUCUCGAGAUGAUCGCCAGUGAGAACUUCACCUCGGUGGCGGUGCUGGAGAGUCUGAGCUCCUGCCUCACAAACAAGUACUCCGAGGGAUAUCCCGGCAAGCGGUACUACGGUGGCAACGAGUUCAUCGACUGCGUGGAGCUGCUCGCCCAGAAGCGGGGUCGCGAGCUGUUCAACCUGGACGAGGACAAGUGGGGCGUGAAUGUGCAGCCCUACUCCGGAUCCCCGGCCAACUUGGCUGUCUACACCGGCGUUUGCCGUCCCCACGACCGGAUUAUGGGUCUGGAUCUGCCCGAUGGUGGUCAUCUAACCCAUGGCUUCUUCACGCCCACCAAGAAGAUAUCGGCCACGUCGAUUUUCUUCGAGAGCAUGCCGUACAAGGUGAAUCCGGAGACGGGUAUCAUUGACUACGACAAGUUGGCGGAGGCAGCCAAAACCUUCCGGCCGCAGAUCAUUAUUGCCGGCAUCUCUUGCUAUUCCCGGCUGCUGGACUACGCCAGAUUCCGUCAGAUUUGCGAUGAUGUGGGUGCCUACCUGAUGGCCGACAUGGCCCAUGUGGCGGGAAUAGUGGCGGCCGGAUUGAUUCCAUCGCCAUUCGAAUACGCCGACAUAGUGACCACCACCACGCACAAGACCCUGCGUGGUCCUCGCGCUGGUGUGAUCUUCUUCCGCAAGGGAGUGCGCAGCACGAAGGCGAAUGGUGAGAAGAUCCUGUACGAUCUGGAGGAGCGCAUCAACCAGGCGGUAUUCCCAUCCCUUCAGGGUGGUCCCCACAACAAUGCCGUGGGUGGCAUUGCCACUGCUUUCAAGCAGGCCAAGACACCGGAAUUCAAGGCGUACCAGUCGCAGGUCCUCAAGAAUGCCAAGGUCCUGUGCGAUGGUCUCAUUUCGCGGGGCUAUCAGGUGGCCACCGGCGGCACCGAUGUCCAUUUGGUCCUGGUGGAUGUACGCAAGGCGGGACUAACCGGUGCCAAGGCGGAAUACAUUCUGGAGGAGGUGGGCAUUGCCUGCAACAAGAACACGGUGCCGGGAGACAAAUCCGCCUUGAAUCCGUCGGGCAUUCGUUUGGGCACUCCAGCGUUGACCACUCGCGGUCUGGCCGAGAAGGACAUUGAGCAGGUGGUGGCCUUCAUCGAUGCUGCUCUGAAAGUGGGCGCCCUGGCGGCCAAAUCCGCCAGCAGUCCCAAGUUGGCCGACUACCACAAGGUGCUGGCCGAGAAUGCGGAGAUCAAGGGCCAGGUGACCGAGAUCCGCAAGAACGUCGCCCAGUUCAGCAGGCAGUUCCCGCUGCCCGGCUUGGAGAACCUGUAGGCGAAGUCUAUCUAACCCCCUCGUUAUUCUCCCAUUUUUUUUACCCUUUUUAUUUGCACCUCGAAAUGGAAACCGCUUUUGAAAUGCACACUUUCCACAAAACAGAAGUGGAACUAGAACUUAAGUCAUUAAACGCAUUUUAACUCACAUAUCAUAA